GGACCUGUUUCAUUCACCUCCACGAGUAAAGAUAACAGAGUAAAAGAGAGAGAGACCAAGGGUUGGAACAUAGUGCACCACGUGGGUCAGCCCAUGGGAAAGAACCCAAACAAAAUACUGCCUGGGAACUGAGGAACACACACACACACGACACAGAAAGAUAGACUGAGUGAAAGGCUGUGAGAGAGGAUGAUGAGACCAAAUUGCAAGACCUUUUAAAGUCAAAUCCAAGACACAACAAAAGCAAAAACAACGCGUUUGUGGAAUCACUGAAUGGAGUUGAAUCCACACUAUUGCCAGAGGAUACGGUGAAGUUCUGACCUGCUUCAAACAAACUCAAUCUUCUUUCUGCAGAGGAUUUAAACCUCAAAGAGAGAAGAUGCUGCAGAGGCUUUUCAACCGGCGUGGACUGAAACACAAGCGACUGGAGGAGGACGUAGAGGUGCGAUUCAAAGGGAAACUGGUGACUGAGAAAGAGCUAGGCUACACAUACGUUCGGCCAGGCGGCUCCAACUACUCCAGCCCGUCGUUGGCUCCGGUCGCCAGUCUGAAUGAGGAUGAGCGGGUGGGGGGCGGGGGUGGGGUUCUGGGUCUUGCACCUGAACACAUUCCCACCCCUGGCGCCCCCCUCAGCUGGCAGGCGGCCAUCGACGCGGCGCGGCAGGCCAAGCUCAUGGGUACCAGCGGAGCCCCGAUCUCCACCGUGAGCUCCACGCAGCGCAAACGCCAGCACUACGUCAAACCCAAGAAACAGGCCAGCACUGCCUCCACACGCCCACCCCGAGCCCUUCUCUGCCUCACUCUUAAAAAUCCCAUCCGCAGGGCGUGCAUCAGUGUUGUGGAAUGGAAACCGUUUGAAAUCAUAAUUUUGAUGACUAUUUUUGCAAACUGUGUGGCCUUAGCUGUCUACAUCCCUUUCCCUGAAGACGACUCCAACGCAACCAACUCUAACCUGGAACGUGUGGAGUAUCUUUUUCUCAUUAUUUUUACGGUGGAAGCAUUCCUGAAAGUAAUUGCAUACGGGCUGCUGUGUCACCCAAACGCAUACCUGCGGAAUGGCUGGAACCUGUUGGAUUUCAUUAUCGUGGUGGUGGGGCUCUUCAGUGCAAUAUUAGAGCAGGCCACUAAAGGAGAUGGUGGGACUUCAAUAGGAGGCAAGGCUGCAGGUUUUGAUGUAAAAGCGUUGCGAGCCUUUAGAGUGUUGAGACCUCUGAGACUCGUGUCUGGAGUACCUAGUUUACAGGUGGUGUUGAACUCCAUCAUUAAAGCCAUGGUUCCCCUCCUGCACAUCGCUUUGCUUGUUCUGUUCGUCAUCAUCAUCUACGCCAUCAUCGGCCUCGAGCUCUUCAUGGGCAAGAUGCACAGAACCUGCUUCUUCUUCAAAGACGGACAAAGAGGUGCUAUAUCAGAGGAGAAGCCAGCCCCAUGCGCCCCAAGCUCCGCCCACGGGCGACACUGCUCGCCGCCCAAUAUAACGCAAUGCAUGAUGGGAUGGGAAGGACCGAAUGAUGGAAUCACGAACUUUGAUAACUUUGCAUUUGCCAUGCUGACUGUGUUUCAGUGCAUCACAAUGGAGGGCUGGACUGAUGUCCUGUACUGGGUGAAUGAUGCUAUAGGGAAUUCCUGGCCGUGGCUUUAUUUUGUUACUUUAAUCAUCAUUGGCUCCUUUUUUGUUCUUAAUUUGGUUCUUGGGGUUUUAAGCGGAGAGUUCUCCAAAGAGCGAGAAAAGGCGAAAGCUCGUGGUGAUUUUCAGAAACUCAGAGAGAAACAGCAGUUGGAGGAGGAUCUGAAGGGAUACCUGGACUGGAUCACACAGGCGGAGGACAUCGACCCUGAGAAUGACGACGAAGGACUUGAUGAUGACAAGCCUAGAAAUCUGAGUAUGCCAGCUAGUGAAAAUGAGUCUGUGAACACUGAUAAUGCUCCAGCUGGAGAUAUGGAAGGAGAAACCUGCUGCACUCGUAUGGCAAAUAGGAUCUCCAAAUCCAAAUUCAGUCGAUAUUCUCGGCGGUGGAAUCGGUUGUGCCGUCGCAAAUGUCGCGCAGCCGUGAAGUCGAACGUGUUUUACUGGCUGGUGAUUUUCCUGGUAUUUCUAAACACACUAACCAUUGCCUCAGAGCAUCACCAGCAGCCAGACUGGCUCACCGAUGUACAAGAUAUUGCCAAUAAGGUGAUGCUGGCUCUCUUCACCGGUGAGAUGGUGCUGAAGAUGUACAGCUUGGGCCUACAGGCGUAUUUUGUCUCCCUUUUUAACCGUUUCGACAGUUUUGUGGUGUGCGGUGGGAUUCUGGAGACCAUUCUGGUGGAAACAAAGAUCAUGUCACCUCUCGGCAUCUCCGUGCUGCGCUGCGUCCGCCUGCUCCGCAUUUUCAAGAUCACCAGGUACUGGAACUCUCUCAGUAAUCUUGUGGCGUCUCUGCUGAACUCGGUGCGUUCGAUCGCCUCCCUGCUUCUCCUGCUCUUCCUGUUCAUCAUCAUCUUCAGCCUGCUCGGCAUGCAGCUCUUCGGAGGAAAGUUCAACUUCGACGAGACGCGUCGUAGCACCUUCGAUAACUUCCCCCAGUCUCUUCUAACCGUCUUUCAGAUUUUGACGGGAGAGGAUUGGAACUCUGUGAUGUACGAUGGGAUCAUGGCAUACGGAGGGCCGUCUUUCCCCGGAAUGCUCGUCUGUAUAUACUUCAUCAUUCUCUUCAUCUGCGGAAACUACAUCCUUCUGAAUGUCUUCUUGGCCAUUGCCGUGGACAACCUGGCAGAUGCUGAAAGUCUGACGUCAGCGCAGAAAGAGGAAGAAGAGGAGAAAGAGAGGAAGAAGCUUGCCAGAACGGCUAGUCCGGAAAAGCGGCAAAACUCUGAAAAACCUCCGCUGGAGGAUGUGAAAAAAGAGGAAAAGAUUGAACUGAAAUCCAUCACCUCCGAUGGAGAGACGCAGCCUGCCACCAAGAUCAACAUUGAUGAGUACACAGGUGAAGAGAAUGAGGAGAAGAAUCCAUAUCCUGUGAAUGAUUUCCCAGGAGAGGACGAAGAUGAGCCUGAGAUACCAGUAGGACCCCGUCCUCGGCCACUCUCAGACAUUCAGCUGAAGGAGAAAGCUGUCCCCAUGCCAGAGGCCAGAGCUUUCUUUAUUUUCAGCCCCAGUAACAAGUUCAGGGUUUUGUGUCAUAAGAUUGUAAACCACAACAUCUUCACCAAUUUAAUCCUGUUUUUUAUACUGCUGAGCAGUAUUUCACUGGCAGCAGAAGAUCCAGUGAAGAAUGACUCAUUCAGGAAUCAGAUUCUAGGCUAUGCAGAUUAUGUGUUUACAGGGAUCUUCACCAUAGAGAUCAUAUUAAAGAUGACAGCAUAUGGAGCGUUCCUACAUAAGGGUUCAUUUUGUCGAAAUUAUUUUAAUAUUCUGGAUCUGGUGGUGGUCAGCGUGUCUCUGAUCUCCUCUGGAAUUCAGUCAAGUGCCAUUAAUGUAGUGAAGAUUCUCAGAGUGCUGAGAGUGUUGAGGCCCCUGAGAGCAAUCAACAGGGCCAAGGGCCUCAAACAUGUGGUCCAGUGUGUGUUUGUAGCCAUCCGCACCAUCGGGAAUAUUGUCAUUGUCACCACUUUGCUGCAGUUCAUGUUUGCCUGCAUCGGUGUACAACUCUUUAAGGGCAAAUUCUUCUACUGCACAGACACCUCUAAACAGACACAAGCAGAAUGCAGGGGUUCUUACAUAUUGUACAAAGAUGGGAACGUUGGGAAGCCAGAGAAAGCUGUGCGUUCAUGGGAGAACAGUGACUUCAACUUCGAUGAUGUUCUGCAGGGCAUGAUGGCACUGUUCGCUGUGUCCACCUUUGAGGGUUGGCCAGGGCUCCUCUACAGAGCCAUAGACUCCCAUACGGAGGACAUCGGUCCUAUCUACAACUACCGCGUGGUCAUCUCUAUAUUUUUCAUCAUCUACAUCAUCAUUAUCGCCUUCUUCAUGAUGAACAUAUUCGUAGGUUUCGUCAUCGUGACGUUUCAAGAGCAGGGAGAACAAGAGUACAAAAACUGUGAGCUGGACAAGAAUCAGCGUCAGUGUGUGGAAUAUGCCUUGAAGGCCCGCCCCCUGCGCAGAUACAUCCCUAAGAACCCCUAUCAGUACAAAGUUUGGUACGUGGUGAACUCCACCUACUUUGAGUAUCUGAUGUUCACCCUUAUCCUGCUCAACACCAUCUGCCUGGCCAUGCAGCAUCAUGGUCAAUCUCAGUCUUUCAACAAAGCCAUGAAUAUCCUUAAUAUGUUAUUCACCGGGCUCUUCACUGUGGAAAUGAUCCUCAAACUCAUCGCCUUCAAACCCAGGGGUUACUUUAGUGACCCCUGGAAUGUUUUUGACUUCCUCAUCGUUAUUGGCAGCAUUAUAGACGUCAUUCUGAGUGAGAUCAACCAUUAUUUUGUUGAUGCAUGGAACACGUUUGAUGCCCUUAUUGUAGUGGGUAGUAUUGUUGAUAUAGCCAUCACAGAGGUUAACCCAGCUGACCCCUCCUCCUCUCCCCCUUCCUCUGUGGUAAGACCAAUGGGCCUUCAAAACACAGAAGAUAAUGCCAGGAUCUCGAUCACAUUCUUUCGGCUGUUCCGCGUGAUGAGGUUGGUGAAGCUUCUUUCCCGGGGAGAAGGAAUUCGGACGCUGCUCUGGACCUUCAUUAAAUCCUUUCAGGCUCUUCCCUAUGUUGCUUUGCUUAUCGUAAUGCUGUUCUUCAUCUACGCCGUCAUUGGGAUGCAGAUGUUUGGUAAAAUCGGCCUGAGGGACAACAGCCAGAUCAACCGAAACAACAACUUUCAGACGUUUCCUCAGGCUGUUUUGCUGCUCUUCAGGUGUGCUACAGGGGAGGCAUGGCAGGAAAUCAUGCUGGCCUGUUCUCCAAACCGUCCGUGUGAGACGGGGUCAGAGGUCGGCCAUACGAGCGAAGCCUGCGGGAGCCACUUUGCCAUCAUCUACUUUGUUAGUUUUUACAUGCUUUGCGCCUUUCUGAUCAUUAACCUGUUUGUGGCUGUCAUCAUGGACAACUUUGACUAUUUAACACGUGAUUGGUCGAUACUGGGGCCGCAUCACCUGGAUGAGUUUAAGAGGAUAUGGGCAGAAUACGACCCUGAAGCCAAGGGUCGGAUUAAACAUCUGGAUGUGGUGACGUUACUGCGCAGGAUUCAGCCUCCCCUUGGUUUUGGAAAACUUUGUCCGCACAGAGUGGCAUGCAAGCGGCUUGUGUCUAUGAACAUGCCUCUCAAUAGUGAUGGAACGGUGAUGUUCAACGCAACCCUUUUUGCCCUAGUGCGGACGGCCCUGCGCAUCAAAACCGAAGGUAAUCUGGAGCAAGCAAAUGAGGAGCUCAGGGCGAUCGUGAAGAAGAUCUGGAAGACGAGCAUGAAGCUGCUGGAUCAAGUCGUUCCCCCUGCUGGAGAUGAUGAAGUCACAGUUGGGAAGUUCUAUGCCACAUUCCUGAUUCAGGAAUACUUCAGGAAAUUUAAGAAACGAAAGGAACAGGGCCUGGUGUCCAAGAUUCCCCCAAAGACCGCUCUUUCUUUGCAGGCUGGCCUGCGUACACUACAUGACAUGGGUCCUGAGAUCAGGCGAGCGAUAUCGGGUGACCUGACGACGGAGGAGGAACUGGAGAGAGCGAUGAAAGAAACCGUGUGUGCUGCGUCCGAGGAUGAUAUCUUCAGGGUAAAGCGAUCUGGUGGCCUUUUUGGUAACCACGUCAACUACUACAACCAAAGUGACGGCCAUGCAUCCUUCCCACAAUCCUUCACGACGCAGCGACCACUGCACAUCAGCAAGUCCGGGAGUCCUGGCGAACCUGAAUCCCCAUCACAUCAGAAGCUCAUGGACUCGACGUUCACUCCAAGCAGUUACUCUUCCUCAGGAUCCAACGCAAACAUAAACAACGCAAACAACACGGGCAUCGGACACCGGUACCCCAAACCUACCGUGAGUACGGUGGAUGGACAGACGGGGCCUCCCCUUACCACCGUCCCACUGCCACGGCCCACAUGGUGCUUUCCCAACAAAAGGACCUGUUUCUAUGACACGUUUAUGCGCUCUGAUUCCAGUGACAGUCGCCUCCCCAUAAUACGGCGAGAAGAAGAGUCUACCGACGAGACGUACGACGAAACGUUUCUAGAUGAGAGAGAUCAGACCAUGCUCUCAAUGGACAUGAUGGAGUUUCAGGAUGAAGAGAGCAAACAGUUAUCUCCCAUGGUGGAGGGGGAUGUUGGGGAGGAGAGGAGGCCGUGGCAGUCUCCACGGCGACGGGCCUUUCUCUGCCCCACUGCACUAGGUCGACGGUCUUCCUUUCACCUGGAGUGUCUGAGAAAGCAUAACAGACCUGACGUUUCUCAGAAGACUGCACUACCACUGCACCUUGUGCAUCAUCAGGCUUUGGCCGUGGCAGGGUUGAGUCCCUUGCUGAGACGAAGUCAUUCCCCGACUUUGUUCGCACGUCUGUGUUCCACGCCCCCCGCGAGUCCGAGCGGCCGCGGUGGAGGAGGGCCGUGCUACCAGCCUGUCCCGUCUCUCCGGUUGGAGGGCAGCGGCUCCUACGAAAAACUCAACAGCAGCAUGCCGUCUGUGAACUGCAGCUCGUGGUACAGCGACAGUAACGGCAACCACAGCAGGAGCAGGACGCAGCGACCCGUGUCCCUCACGGUUCCUCCGGUCACGCGUAGAGACUCCUUAUCCCUGGCACACGGGAGCGCCGGCAGCCUCGUGGAGGCGGUGUUGAUAUCUGAAGGCUUGGGUCGCUAUGCACAGGAUCCAUCCUUUAUCCAGGUAGCGAAGCAGGAAUUAGCGGAUGCCUGCGACAUGACCAUGGAGGAGAUGGAGAACGCAGCCGAUAACAUUCUCAACGCAAACGCUCCACCGAACGCCAACGGAAACCUGCUACCGUUCAUUCAGUGCAGAGACGCUGGUACACAGGAGUCUCGUUGCGGCCACGCGCUGGGGCUCUCUUCGGCCGCGGGGUCAGACGAGCUUCUCGGGGAGGAGUUAGACCUCGCCGAGGGGGCGGGGCAACGGAACAGUGCCCUGAUGGAGGACGAGGACAUGGAGUGCGUGACGAGUUUGUAGGGGCAACAUCAGCACGGAGGACUUCCUGCGUCUUAGCCCAACUCUCGCCGAGGACACUGCCGUCCUGCAGUCUGACCGUUUGUUGCGUGUACCUACCGUAGGGGUAUCAGGCCAUUCUGCUUAGCCGAGACUGAGUUGGUUUUUAGUUCGUCCGUGUGUUUGCGAGAGCACGAGCGAAAGUAGGCGCGUGUACAUGUUUGUGUGUGUGUUUCUAAAGUGCCUCACAGUUCUCACAACCUUGAUUGCAGUAAGAAGGAUUUGACAAGAUGCGCUGUUAACCACUGAACGGGAUACGUCUGUCGGCGGGAGCCUGGGGGACUAAGUAGGACCGUGCCAGGCCUGUAGGAAUCCACGGCCAUCACCUCCUCCGGUCCGGAUGUACGGUGCUGGAUCCUGUGGGAAUUUGCCGUCCAGGAGCGGUCGCAAGUUUGAGGGUUGCUCAGAAAGACUUAAUCGGACAAACUGGAGUGGCGAAGCCCAAUAUAGCAGCUGUCUCACUUUUCACGGGGCUGUCCAUCAUCCAUUCAUCAGGAGAAGAGUCAUCUGCAACCACCCUUGACCUUUUACAGGGUUUUUAUUUAAGUUGCUGCUUUUCAAUUUGAUUUCUACCCAUAAUCAGUGGAAGACUGAAUGAAACUCCCUGAAUUUCUCUCGUUUGUGUACCGUUACGGCUUUCAGGUAGCUGCCAGCUGUGAAAGGUACAGGUCAUUGCAUCAGUGGCCUUUGACUUCCCAAUCUGCUUUAUUAUUCUGCAGUUUUUACUUUCCUUUUUUUCCAGUAUUUGGUGUUCGUAACGUUUAUCUUGGAUUGCACACAGGUGGAUGCUGUUUUCUUUUCUAAAUUAUUAUUAUUAUUAUUACUAUUAUUAUUAUUUCUAUGGAAAGCGUUUAAGAUGUUUAUGCCAGAUGCAGUGUUGUGACUCCAAUGCCUCUUACAGACAAAAAGCUAUUUAUUUAUUUAUUCCUGUCCGAGGUGGAGCGUGUUUGGGGGGGACUGUUUCUCUCAUAUCGUUUAUUGGUAGCUCACGAGCUGUAAAUGAGCAGUAAAACUCACCUGGACGCAGGUAGCACUGAUAGGUCACGCGGUUUCCUAUGCUGCUGUUGGAUCAGACGAAACUACUGACGUUUCUUCGCCGCUGAUCUCCAGAAACAAUCAGCCGACAGCAGAGGUCAGUAAAGGUGCACUUUGAGGAGAAGGAAGCAUUCAGGGAUGUCUGGGUAGCGCGUCAUUAAAGAAAAACAACUCUUAUGUAGUUCACACAGGGCUAAAACUCAUCACGAAAGUUUCGACAUCAGCAGUGUCAUCGCCAUUACACAACGAUUAUUUUUAACGUCAUUAUUAAUUAAUACUGUUGAUAAGGAUAUUUUUUCUGCAGGGUUUAGCACUAUAUCCAUGCAGUUACGCAUACACACACACACAUAAAGAAUUACUUAUUUAUCUAUUAUGCAAAUAAUAAGGUGUUGAAGCAUACGCUUGUUGUGUGGAAUAAAACAUCCUUUCAUGAGAAAUGACACAUUGUAUGAAGUGAUGGCGACCUGACCAAUCCGCUUCCAGGCUUCUUUCUGUUUUUGUGCCACACAAUACACCACUAUUAUAUAAAUCUCUCUUUCCAUAUACGAAUAGAUAAUGAACUAUUUUUGUCUAGUGAGUUUUACCUGGCGUUUUAUUCCAGGCCUUUUAAAAUUUUCUUUCACCGGUCAUAUGCUUUUGGUUGUGAGCGAAGUUCCUUACGGGAAGUCUCGAUGCAAUGCUCGUGAAAACUAUUUGGGAAAAAUGUAGCCACCUGCCCUUUCCACCACCACCACACUCCCAUAUCUCCCACAUCGUGAGGCUGCCCCAGGCAUAUUUUUUCGAGGCCUUGGUUGUGUAUGUGCGAGUGUCCGUGUUUAGUAUAUUUGCAGGACGGUGUUAGUGUUCGUGUUUAGUAUAUAUGCAGUAUGAGUGCGCGUGUGCAUGCGUAUGUGCUUGCAUACCACAAGAUAUGCAAAAACAAUGCAAUAACUUUGACUGUACAACAGUUUCAUUCAGCUGUACAAAAAUCUAAGAGAGAAUUUAUUCACUGUUGUGUAUUUCGUUACAGAACUUUAAAUUUAAACCUGUCAUACUUGAAAUAGGGUGCAUUUGAGUAUUGAGUAUUUUCAAAUAAAAUAUCGUGCGGGUCGGUUUGGUUUGAUGUUUUUCUUCUGUUGAUUAUCUGUGCAUGAGGAUUAUUUUGGUGUGCUGAGCUUUCGAUUAACCUUUCGUUUGAAACAUUGAGGAAGCGCGAACACGGUGUAAAUAAUACAGACCGAGGAGAAGAAACGUCUUGGCGCGGAAGUGAUUUUGCAUAUCUUGUGCUCAUCCAGCUGAAAGGUGCAUGAUACGCAAGAGCGGCUCUCUUUCUUUCACUCUUUUCCCUUUAUACCUUUUCAUUCGUUCACUGUUCGUCUCUUUUCUUAUGCAGACAUCACAGUGAAGUAAAAUCCUAUUAUGGUGUCCCCACGUACAGUAGGUUGGUCAAUCACAUCCAUUCCCACUUAAGUCACAUAGACAAUCUGCAUUUGGGGUUGAGAUUUAACUGAUCACAGAUCAGAGGUUUGAAGCUAAGCUUGUUUGAAUGCAUUUGCAUGGAGUCUGAAGAAUGGACAUAGCAGUAUACAGACUCUCCCUUCAUUAGCCAAUGAUUGUAUAUUUUUUUAUAGACUAUAGAAAAGACGUGAAAAAAACUGCUGAAUGUCAGGGUGGCUACACACAACAGUGUUGGAGAAUGUAUGUAGUGACUUAUACGUAUAGAUAGAAAUUACAAAUAUAUGAUAGAAGAGAAAUAUAGAGUAAAUCAUUCGUAUUCACCGCGGUAGCUCUUUUGAGACGGCAGGAUUGUUGGGCGCUUAUUGAGGGAUGAGUGCAAUGAGAUUUCGAUUCAGAGGGCUUGAUUUUAUUACGCAUUAGGUUCCCUCCGAGCACCCACUUGUACAAAAUCAGCCCUUUGUGUUGAAUGAAACGCGCGUCGGCGGAUGAACGAUCUUUUAUGAAACAGAGCGCUGUGUUGCGCUCAGGCCUGGUACCAAAUAUUUGACUCGCUGAAUAUUUUAUUAAGUUUCUCAGUGGUGUUUUUUCGCCCAAAUCAUUUAAAUGUAGCUUUCCUCUCUCAGAGAAUCAGAAGUUAUUUUAUAUAUUUUAAUAUAGGAGAUAUAUUUAUGAAAUUUUGAUCUUUCGCACUUGUGAAGGGUACGGCCAAAAUUGGCGAAAGGUAUUUCGGUUUGGUUGUGAGGUGCAUUUAUCUGUAGCAGUUACAUACUUAACUUUCCCUAAAAACGCUUAGUUGUAAAAAUGGAUACGUGUACAUGGACAGGUUUGAAUAUUGAAGCAUUUUGGCAAUGCAAAGCCCCCAAAACCAUUUUUUGGAACACAUUUGUUGAAUUUUUUGUCUUUAGAGUGAUUGUUUUGUUUUACUUGAUUGAACCCAGUAAUGAAGGAACAGACAGCAGACGACUUUGGGCCGGAUCCAUACCGGAAGUCAGCGGAUACGUUGCAGAUCUGGCCCAGUGUGCCAUUUAGGCCUUGUCCACACGGACGCGGGUAUUUUUAUAACUGUGACUUUUUUUACGCGGUCGGCCGUUCGUCCACAUGGAAACGCAGUAUGACGUCACUGAAACCGAACAUUUUUGAAAAUUAGUAUUUUAAGAAAUGCCGGUUGCGGUGUUGUCGUGUAGACAGUAAAACCGGGGUUUUUGCCUUGCGACGUCACUUUUGUUAGGCUUCUGAUUGGCCAAGAUGGCUUUACGAUUUGAGUUAUAUCACCGCCUGCUGGUGUGGCAUGCUCUUGACAGCACGUGAUCACGUGUUUUUGCGUGUUCAUGUAGGCGGAGAUUUCUUUUAAAUCGAGCACGUGUGGAGGGGAUUUUUUUUUAAACUGCAGGAGGAAAAACUCUGGUUAUAAAAUACCCGUGUCCUUGUGAACUAGGCCUUAUGCUGCGUUUACACCAGCCGCGGUUGAGGCAUCAAGCGUGAGUGAUUUCAAUGUUAAGUCAGAGGCGUUUGGCGCGGCAGACGCAAUUCCGCCUCAUUCGCGCGUCUAGUUCACGCGAAUUAAGUGUCUGGCGCGCUAUGCGCAAAUUGUGCUUUUUCUGCAUUUUGCGUUUGACGCGAAUUUGCGGCUGAUGCCCAAGUUGAAAAAUUUGAACUUUGGCGGAUUUUCGCGCUGCGUUAACCAAUCAGGAGCCUGCUUGCUGCUGUGGCGGCAGCCCCGCCCAGAGUCACUCAUUCAACAUGAAGGAAUGCUUGAUAUUGUCCGUGAGCAGUCACCCGGAGCUAUAUGACAUACGUUCUUAUUUCUAUAGAGACAGGAAUAAAAGGGACCUCGCUUUGAAGCGUGUCAGUGAGGACAUUGGGCAACCUGGUAAGUUGUAAAUACACAUUUCACUUUUGAGUCACGUGACGUUUAUCGACCCGCGCCGUUUAUUUUCCCCCUAGUAAGAUGACUAAAUACAAACUGGUAACUCUCUCGAUAAAUGCACAAUCAACAUCAGUCAUCUUGCAAACAGACAACCGCAUAGCACUUGCCCCUCCCACAAGAAGCGGAUUUUGCCUGUGACGCGCGUCAAAUGCUUGCUUUUCCGCGCGUGUACUUCGCUCUAGACGCGCGAAUGCAUUCAAACUGUUCAAGCGGCAAACUAGACGCGAUUUUAACGCCUGAAACGCGGUUGGUGUAAACGCAGCAUUAGAUGAAAGAAAUCUUUACUGAAGUAUCCGAUUAGACGGUUUCGAUUUGUGGGUUCAUUGAAGACUGAAGGUGCGUGCUGACCUUUGACCCGGAGAAAGCUUAAACAGGUGCAACGUUCGCCCUCUGGUUAAACCUUUGUGUAGCACGUAUCUCCGAUAUUCUCCUUUUAAUGACUGUUAAUUUGAUAUUAUAAUAAGUUAAUGUAGUGCGUAAAUGAGUUUUAAUGCUAAAACUAAAAGCUAAGGUGGUGAUGCAAUAAUCACGAUUUGCACAUUUAAACCACGUUUAGUUCCAUACAUCGUACACAUAAUCCGAGUAAAGGAUGAAUUUAUGCAUAGAUUUUAGUUGUGUGUAAAUAUUAAUUUCGCCCUAAGCUCAAAACGUCAAUCUUGCCAUAGUUUCAGCAUUUCAGCAGGUGGGACUAGAGGAGAAAUUAAUGCAGGCCUUUUUAUGCAGUAGGAGCGGUAUUAUUGGUAUUGGAGCCCUAAAUAAUGGGUGAAUCGCAGCCAAUUGAAUGCUGAGGUAUUAAUAUACGGUAAAGAGCCAAUCAAGAGUGGCGUUUCCCUGCCUCCAGUUCCACCCAGCGAAUGUAGCACUAGAGAGAGAGACAAAAAUGGGCCGAACGAUAAAGAUUUUAAUGAGGAGCUCGAAAAGUAAAGGAGUACUUAUUGCACAAAUUUCCAUGUAUGAGUGAAUAUAGUUUUAACUUAGUCUUCAUCACAUCAUGCUUUCUAUCUGCAGAGAAAGAGGUAAUAUCCGGUUGAGCACAUGAAGCUCCAGGCUUGAUUUUUUGGGAUCUAGCUGGUUUCUCUAAUGGGUGGCAGGACUGAGGGAUUUUAUUUCCUGAUAGCACCACGAUGAGCUGGCUUAUCUGCAGACCCAGCCUGUAAUUCUGUGUCUAGACGAGAUGUUUUAUGGAAGCUGUAAUUGCAUUACAUUAUUUUCAUGCGUGCGGGGUGUUGAAUCAGUUCACAAAUGGAGAAAUCUUGCCUCUGUUGCUUUGUUUUGAUGAGCACACAAGCAACUUUUGUUUCGGUUUGCGGUGCGGAUGGGAAUUGUAGUCUUGAGCCAAAUGAAAAUGUUUAGUCGAUGUCGUGCUUUUGGUAGAAUCUGAAGGCAUCAGCGCUGAUCAUUCAGGUCUCUCAUUGAAAACACAGAGGUCGUUCGCAUUUCGGAGAUUUUAUUCAACUUUAGACCCCGGGUGUUUUUUUGAAACCUCUGUGAGACGUCUGCAUGGUCUGUCAUUUCCUCCUCUACUUUUGCUGAAACUCUUUUGUUUCAUUUCAUUGUUCUUUCAUUUGUUCAUUUAGAUUUGAAAAAGAUUACGCUACAUAAAUCUAAAGAUUCAAUCACUUUUUCUACUCCUGUUUUCCAAAAAAGUGAAACGAAAAACCAACCAAAAAAUUGGAUUUGUAAAUAAGUGAUUGUACAGUUUGUAUCUGUAUCUGUCAGUCUGUCUUUGGUGACAGAGUGUGUCUUGCUUAACGCACGCUACCAGUAAAUAAAAACUAAAAAAUAUCUUUAGAUUGUAUGGUUCUUGACAGGAAGUUUUAAAUUAAUCUCUGCUGUAUAUUCCUGUAAUAUUGCAUUUUUAUCUGAGGAAUGAUGUUAUUAAACUAUUGCAAAUAAAGUGAAUUUCCUAA